AUGACUUCAGAGUUGAAGUAUGUUGGUGGCAGAGUUAAUUAUUUUGAUUUCAUAGAUGAACCCAAUAUUACCGUGGAGUCCCUGAAGUCAUAUUUUGAUAGGUACUGUUCAGAGACUGCGGGGGAUAGAUGUACUGGCAUAGGAGACGUAGAUCUUUUAAUUGGCCAGUAUUCAAACAUCAUCGAGGAACAAUGUGAUUGUGCUAAUGAUGAUGGACAUGAUGAGUAUGAUAUUGGGGAUCUGGAUUACGGCGAUAAUGACAGUAAAUAUUCAGGCGACAUGGAUCUUGAGUACCAGGAAAAAGCUAAUGCAGUGGCCCGUGUUCAAUUGUGGUGUUUGUUUGAAAAGGACCCAAAAUUAGAUGAGGUGAAAGGAUAUGAUCAUGAGGCUAAUUCUGGCUCAUUUGAAUCAUUAGGGUCCAGAAAUAUAUCAGAGGAAUCAUUUGCACAGGAUCCAAAUAGAGGUGGAAAGAAUUUAAAGAAGGGAAGAGGGCGACAUAUAAGCUUCAAAAAGCAUGACUCCAAGUAUGUUAGGGCAAUUUGCAAAGGGGAGGGAUGCAAUUGGGUACUGUAUGCAGUUAGGGGUCUUCUUCCAGCUGUUGCUACACUUCUGAAAAAUGUGUCCCACAGAUACUAUGUGGAGCACUUAUGGAAUAAUUUCAAGCUAAAGCACCCCAGAUUGAAAUUGAAAGCCAGAUUAACAAAUAUUGCGGAAGCAACAACUGAAGAGGAUUGGAACAAGCUGAUGGAUGAUUUGAAGAAGAAGCAUGAAGGAGCAUGGAGUCAUCGGAGAGCUAAAUGCCCUGAAGAACAGUUCACACGUUGGUUAGCAAAUGAAACUUCUGACAAAGAGCAUGAUGAUGCAACAGACAGUGCUCUUGAACCACGUGCAUGCUACUCGGGAAAUUUAAACAUGGAUGAAAUGAAAGAUCAGAAUGAGGAAUCAUUGAAGGUCAUUACUGCACCUGAUGAAACAGCGAUAGAGACACUCAACUUAGUUCCUGAUGAUUUCGAACAAACUUGCAGUUUUUCGGAUCAGUGUUCGGGAUUUGCAUGGAUUUAUGAACACUGUCAUGGGGAGUUUAAACAUGGAGAGUGGGAGGAUUAUACUCGGUUAAGCAUGAAAUGUUCAUUUUGUGAUUGUUCUGGACACCUUAUACAUGAUUGUGUAGAAGCACAUAAGGCAACAGAAAAUAAUCGUCAACCUGAGGAUGCAGGGAACUCCGUCAUUGCACCGGUGGUAGAGUCACAGCCCCAUGCAGACCCCAACAAAGCAUCGCCCGCAAUGGAAAUGAACAUUCCGGUCAAAUUUGUGCGCCGCCACACACUGCAGGCAAAAGAAGCUGCCAGGGUUGAAGGACCAGUGGAAGCAGCACAAUUCCGAAUAACAACCACAACUGAUACCCGUGGUUCUACAGUUCAGAAGGAAUUAUCCGGGAACUGGAAGAAGUUCUUUCAAGACAACCUGAUCCAAGCGGACCAGCUUGUGCAGUUAACUCUUGACAUAGCAUCUAAUAUGCCAAAUAGCUAUAAGAAUGAUCACUAUGGGAAGCAGGAUUGGAAUGAUUCUGGUACUCACAAUGACUUCCUAUAUGCCUGGGUUGCUCAAGAAGAUGAUUAUGCAUCCACUGGAAUCGUUGGGAGGAAACUUCGUAGGUGUGCAGCCAUCAAAAGCUUCGAUGAAAUCCAAGGUCUCUAG